AUGGGAAUCGAUCGCGCAACAAAGGUGUUGUGUGCUGAUGUGGAUGCCACACUGUUGCAGCUGCACACCACGCUGACAUUGCACAAUGUGCCUUUUAUCGAGGCCACCCGCAGCCCCCACUUCCGUCGCUCACGGCGCGCUGAGGGCGAUGCCACAGAGCCUGCGGGGCAGUGUGCGCUGGCACAUGUCAUCGAUGGCUCGUGCACUGGCCCGCGUGGCAACGGUACCCUCGUCGUCACCGUGCGGGGAAACGAGCAGCUGAACGCCACGACAGACGCCACCGCGCUGCAAGCCAUCGCACCAGCCGUGCGCAACCUCACCCUGAACGGUGUCGUUCAUGAGACGCAUCUGCAGUGGAUCGCGGCCAGUGGGGACUGGAACGAAUGCACCACGCUGCAGCUCGCAGGCUUGCAGUUUUAUCCUCUCAACAUGCAUGUCCUGAACGCGUUUCCCGCCAUCACCAUCCUCAACAUCCAGCACAGCGAGGCCCUGCAAGCCAUUGACACCCGUGGGUUUGAACACGCGGGGCAGCUGCGUUCACUGGACCUGCAGAACAACUCGCUCACCGCCGUAUCUGACGAAGCGCUCACCACCAUGACGGCGCUGCGCGUGCUCGAUCUACGCGACAACCGCAUUCGCCACGUCACCAACAGCACGUUCCGUGGCAUCACAGCCCUGCGGCAGCUUCGCCUGGGCCAGAACCUCAUUUCACAGCUGGCCGCCGCCGCCUUCCGCGACAUGACUGCGUUGGAGGAACUGCUGUUGAACCACAAUGCCAUCAGCACCAUCCCUGCUGCGCUGUUCCGCCCGCUGACGCAACUGAAGCGCUUGAACAUGGAGCGCAACCCUCUCGUCGCCCUUGACGCUGCCGUGUUCGGCUCCCUCGCGCUGCUGGACCACCUCACCAUCGAAUACACGUUGCUUGCAAGCAUUCCACCCACGUUGUUUUCGGCCACAACGCGGCUCACGCGCCUGGACCUGGGCCGCAACGUCAUCACGUCGCUGUCCGAGACCAUCUUCGCCGGCCUGUCGUCCGUGAUGCGUCUGAUCAUCGAUGGCAACCGCCUCUCAUCGCUGCCACCAAUGCUCUUCCGAGACAUGACGUCCCUCACCCUCCUCUUCAUGGGCACCAACGCGUUGACGUCGCUGCCGCACGACCUGCUCCGCACGUGCACGGAGCUGCAGCUGUUCGAGUGCGCCAACAGCGAGCUCACCGCCCUUCCCCACAACUUCUUCCACAACAACAACAAGCUCAUUGACAUCCAACUCGUGGCCAACAACAUCCGCACCCUCGAUGGGGUCCUGGAUGCGUCGUCGUCCUUCCCAGCGCUGCGCCGCCUUGGCCUGGCAAGAAACCAGUUUACACAGCUCCACCUCAACCUGCCCCUGCCCUCCUUGGAAACGCUCAUCCUCAACCACAACCCCAUGCAUCACCUGCCAGCUACCACGCACACGCCCAAUCUGACAGAGCUGCGCAUGUACAAACACCGCAUGCAGCACAUCAACCUGACACCACUCUUCAGCCUCAAGUCCUUGAAGAUUCUUGAGCUUGACGCAGAUCCGGACAUCAGCGCCAGCAUCGCCACGCUGGACGGUGACGCCACACUUUCCUCCAACCUGCGCACGCUUAGCAUGCAGAACGUGGACGUGAGCCGCGUGGUGGAUCGCCUGCUGCCAGUCGCCGCGCCACUGCAGCUGCACGUGCUUGGUCUGGGCUGGCCCGGUGCGAGCGACGCCACGCUGCCGGUGCAGCUGGUCUGCGGUGCACUGGCGAGGGACGUGCGUGCGCUCCGGCUCACCAACACCCAAUAUGAGGCCUUGGAGCUGUGCCGGAACAAAACCAUUGACGCCCUGCACCUGCAGCGCAACGCGCAACUGCAGUCCAUCACCGUGCACAGUGGCCUCGGCGAGCUGAACGUGUCUGCCUGCAGGCAACUGACCACCAUCACCGCGCCGUCGAUUGAUGUGUUGGACAUCAGCAGCACGCGCAUGCAGGCUGGCCCAGCGCUGUGCACGCGGUGGGGGCGGCGCGUUCUCUUUGCGCGCCACUUGGACGAGGACUUUGUGAACUUGCCAAAUGCGGCAGGUGUCAUGCGCACGUGCGUGCUGCAAGCAGACGUGAUUGACCUCUCGGGCAACGCGUGGCUCAACAACCCGGACGAGGUGAACCGGGUGGUGUCAGGUGACAUUGUGCUGUCACCGGACGAGUUUGUGACGUUCGAUUCCUUCACGAUUGAGUCACGCCCAACACCGCCCAUCCUCCAGCUGACCAACGCCCCCAUCAGCUGUGAACUCGAGCUCUCGAGCAAGGACAUGCGCCUUGACAGCGACCGCGACGUCGUUUCAAACGAAGUGGUGUACUCCUUCCGCUGCACGUGCGCGCGCGGAUUUGGUAGAACAUCACGUGGGCGGUGUGUAUUGGAGAAGCCCAACACAUUGGGCGUGGCUGCCGCCUCUGUUGUCUCUGGGCUCAUCUUCGGUGUUGCUGUGGCGUUGCUGUCACGCCGCUACCGUGGCCUGACCAAGCGCAUCGACCUGCAGGAGCAGCUGCUGGUGGAGAGGGACGAGGAGGUGAUGGCGCUGAAGAAGGCGUGGGAGAUUGAGUACGAUGAGCUGACGAUGAUCAAGCGUGUUGCUGCGGGCGCGUUUGGCGUGGUGUUCAAGGCACAGUGGGAGACAGUCACGGUGGCAGUGAAGGUGCUGCAGCAAAGUGUGAUGAUGUUUGACGAGAGCACGGUGCAGGAGUUUGAGAAGGAGGUGGAGUUCCUGCAGCGGACACGGCACCCGCACGUGGUGCGGUUCUUUGGCGCGGGCACCGAUCCCAACGGCAGCCCGUUCCUGGUGCUGGAGUACGUGGCCAUGGGGUCGCUCAAUGGCCUAUUACAGAAGGAUAUGGGGAAGGUGUUGCUGGAAGUGAGGAGCAGGAAGGUCGAGGAAAGCAGCAACGGCAGUGUCAGGGAUGAUGUGAACAGUGUGUGGGACUUGAAGCUGCGACUGCUGCGGGAUGUUGCCAGUGGGAUGGCCUUUAUCCACAGCCUCGAUCAAGUGCACAGAGAUCUGAAGAGCGGGAACGUGCUGGUGUCGGCGCGGCUGAGAGCCAAGAUCACGGACUUUGGAUCCAUUCGCCAGUGCCUCGCUGGCGGCUCUUCCGCUUCCUCCUCAUCCACGACAGCAACAACAGCAACCACGGCCAUGACAACAGAAGCAGCAGCACAUGCUGGUGACCUGACGUACUCGCAGGCGGCGGGCACGGCGACGAUGAACCCGAGCAUGACGAUGACGGCUGGUGUGGGGACGCCGCUGUACAUGGCGCCGGAGGUGCUGUUGGGCGACAAGUACAACGCCAAGGCAGACGUGUUCAGCUUUGGGGUGCUGAUGUGGGAGGUGGCAACGCAGCGUGUGCCUGACUUGAUUCAGCAGGAAAAGGGCAGUGGUUUCCGCGGUCCCAUGCUGGCCACACUCAGCAACUUGCUGCAGGAAGGGAAGCGCUUGCGGUUUGACGAUACUGCCAUUGCGACAUGGUUUCAGUCGUUGACUUUCAAGUGCAUGGCACAAGAGGCCAGAGAUCGGCCCACCUUCCAAGACCUACAGGAGCAAUUCGACAGCGUGUAG